CUGAGAAGAUGAACCCGCAAGAGGCGGAGAGUCUGUAUAAGCAGAUCUUAUCGAAUACCUCGAUCCCAAAUGAUGACCCCGAAGACCAAUCUCGUCAUUUACGAGAACAGGAGACGGCCCUAGUCAAGCUCGGAGAACUGUACCGAGACCAAAAAAACGCACAAGGCCUAGCGGACGUGAUCACUCAAUCCAGAGCAUUCAUGUCAAGUACUGCCAAAGCCAAGACUGCGAAACUCAUCCGUACCUUACUAGACUUCUUCUCCUCAAUCCCCAACAGCCGUCCCAUCCAAAUGCGCACGUUGACGGAUAAUAUCGCAUGGGCUAAAGCUGAGAAAAGGAUCUUUCUGAAACAUAGUUUGGAGACUAGGUUGGCGGGGCUCCAACUCGAAUCAAAACAAUACCAACCCGCCCUACUCCUAAUCGACACCCUCCUAACCGAACUAAAACGCCUAGACGACAAAAUGAUCCUCACAGAAGUCCACCUCCUCGAAAGUCGUGUUUACCGCGGUAUAGGCAACAUGGCCAAAUCCAAGGCAGCACUAACAUCCGCCCGAACAGCCGCAGCAUCAAUCUACUGCCCACCCACCCUCCAAGCAUCCCUCGACCUCCAAUCAGGCGUCCUACACGCCGAAGACAAAGAUUACACAACAGCCUACUCGUAUUUCUUCGAGUCUUUUGAGAAUUUGAGUGCCCAAGGAGAGGAACGAGCGUUGGGCGCGUUGAAGUAUAUGUUGUUGUGUAAGGUUAUGUUGAACCUGCCGGAAGACGUGAACUCGCUGCUGAGCAUAAAGUUGGCUGCGAAAUAUGCGCAGCUGAGAGAUGUCGAGAGUAUGCGUGCUAUUGCGCGGGCGCAUCAGGAGAGGAAUUUGGGCGCUUUUGAGAAGGCUUUGAGGGAUUAUAAGGAUGAACUCUCAUCAGACCCAACUAUCCGCUCGCACCUCGCAGCACUCUACGACACCCUCCUCGAACAGAACCUCCUGCGCAUCGUGGAGCCUUACUCGAUUAUCGAGUUGGAUUACGUUGCUGAGUGUGUAGGGCAGGAGAGGAGGGGUGUUGAGGUUAAGCUUUCGCAGAUGAUACUAGACAAAGUCUUUCAUGGAGUUCUGGACCAGGGACGAGGGUGCCUUUUGGUGUUUGAUCAGCCCGAGGCGGAUAACACGUACGGAGCGGCGAUAGAUACGAUUGAGCAGGUGACAAAGGUCGUGCAGUCGCUUUAUGCAAAGGUGGGGUGGCUCUGA